GGAUGAAGCCUACUUGAUCAUGGUGGAUUAGCUUUUUGAUGAACUGCUGGAUUCAGUUUGCAAGUACUUUGUUAAGGAUUUUUGCAUAAAUGUUUGUCAAGGAUAUUGACCUAAAGUUUUGUUGUUGCCAGGUUUUGGUAUCAGGAUGAUGCUGGCCUCAUAGAAUGAGCUGGGGAGGGGCCUUUCCUCCUCAAUUUUUUGGAAUAGUUUCAGUAGGAAUGGCACCAGCUCUUCUUUGUUCAUCUGAUAGCAUUCAGCUGUGGAUCCUUCUUGUCCUGCGCUUUAUUUUGUUGAGAGUUGCCCACAGAAGUCAACAGGACAGCCAGGUCAGGAAACAGCAACCAGAGGGAGAUGAUCACCUGAACCACUGCUCCAAACCAUGGGCAGUAAAUGCUGUAAAGGUGGUCCAGAUGAAGAUGCAGUAGAAAGACAGAGGCAGCGGAAGUUGCUUCUUGCACAACUGCAUCACAGAAAAAGGGUGAAGGCAGCUGGGCAGAUCCAGGCCUGGUGGCGUGGGGUCCUGGUGCGCAGGACCCUGCUGGUUGCUGCCCUCAGGGCCUGGAUGAUUCAGUGCUGGUGGAGGACGUUGGUGCAGAGACGGAUCCGUCAGCAGCGGCAGGCCCUGUUGAGGGUCUACGUCAUCCAGGAGCAGGCGACGGUCAAGCUCCAGUCCUGCAUCCGCAUGUGGCAGUGCCGGCAAUGUUACCGCCAAAUGUGCAAUGCUCUCUGCUUGUUCCAGGUCCCAGAGAGCAGCCUUGCCUUCCAGACUGAUGGCUUUUUACAGGUCCAAUAUGCAAUCCCUUCAAAGCAGCCAGAGUUCCACAUUGAAAUCCUAUCAAUCUGAAAGGCCUGGGGCAUGGAGAACAGGCUGCACUGCCCUAAUAAAUGUCUGACCAGGU